CCAGGAGUAGGAGGGCAUUCUCUGGUGUUCAGCACUCCUGGAAAGCUCCUCUUUUUCUACUCACCACCUUCACCUAGAAGAUGGUGCUAAGGCCCACAACUGAAGCCUUUCUGAGCAUGGAUAUGACUGUCACAGCCUGGGAGACCGAGCUCACCCCAACCAAUGGAAGUGAUCAACAUUAUACAGAGUUCAUAAUCCUGCAAUUACUGACAGUCAUCGUGGCCCUGGUGGGGCUGGCAGGGAACGCGAUGGUGCUCUGGCUCCUGGGCUUCCGCAUGCGCAGGAACGCCUUCUCUGUCUACAUCUUCAACCUGGCGGGGGCCGACUUUGUCUUUCUCUGCUACCAAUUCAUAAUUACCCUAGCUUCAUUUUUCGACUUAGAUUUUGUCCUUAGAGUAAUGGAAAACUUUCUCUCGCCUGUGUCAAUCUUAGCCUACAUCUCAGGCCUGAGUUUUCUCAGCGCCAUUAGCACAGAGCGCUGCAUGUCUGUCCUGUGGCCCAUCUGGUACCGCUGCCGCCGCCCCAGAAAACUAUCUAGCAUCAUGUGUGCCCUGCUCUGGGCCCUGUCCCUGCUGCUGAGCAUGCUGGAAGGGAACUACUGUGGCUUCCUGAGUGAAAAUGAGCAUGAAGUUUGGUGUCCAGUGUUUGAUUUCAUCACUGUGGCGUGGCUGAUUUUGUUAUUUGUGCUUCUCUCUGGGUCCAGCCUGGCCCUGAUGACCAGACUGCUGUGUGGCUCCAACCGGGUGCCACCCACCCGGCUCUAUGUGACCAUCUUGCUCACAGUGCUGGUCUUUCUCCUCUGCGGCCUGCCCUUGGGCAUCAUCUGGUUCCUCUUAUUCUGGCUUCAAAAACAUCUUAAUUCCUACGAUUAUCUUUACGAGUUUGUAGUACCCAUGUCCUGUGUCAACAGCUGUGCCAACCCCAUCAUUUACUUCUUCGUUGGCUCCUUCAGGCAGCAAUGGUGGAAGCGGCGACAUACCCUGAGGCUGCUUCUCCAGAGGGCUCUGGAUGACAUUCCUGAGGUGGAUGAACCUGGAGAAAGCCUUCCUGGGGAAACCCUGUAAAUGCUUCCAGGGAUGAAACCCGUUGUCCUGAUCAGUCUGAAAUAACUUUGAGACUCACUGCUGCCCUGCCAGGCUGUGAAAGUCUUCUCUCAGCCUCAGCCCCAAAAUGCUUCAGUGAUCCCCCAAUCUCUUCAAAUAGGUUGUUUUUUUAUCUGGCUGUUCCAGUUUUUCUCAGAGAAAGCAUUAGUCCAAACAUUAUACCUCUCCAUCGUCCUUGACAUUACCA